UAUAAAUAAACAAAAUACUUUUUCGCAAAAGCGACUACUCGGUUUGAUUUCUUUGUCGUAAAAUCCAUUUCAAGAAAUUUCACGCGCGAUUUGUUUAUACAUUUCCUCAGUGUUUUAUUUUUCUGAUCUUUGUUGUUGGUUGGUGUAACUGAUCUUGGAAGUUGGUUUACUUUUUUUUUCACUUUCGUGUUUUGGAUUUUAUACUAAACCGGCGGCGAUGCCUACACCGGUUAACACGGCGAGGCAAUGUUUAACUGAAGAAACAGCACGUGCACUAGACGACGCAGUGGCCGUCGCGCGUAGGAGAAGCCACGCGCAAACGACCUCUCUCCACGCCGUCUCAGGUCUUUUAACCAUGCCUUCCUCGAUUCUCCGUGAAGUGUGCAUCUCACGCGCCGCUCACAGCACGCCGUACUCUUCCCGCCUCCAGUUUCGCGCGCUCGAGCUCUGCGUCGGCGUAUCUCUCGACAGGCUUCCUUCCUCGAAACCGGCGACGACGACGGAGAAGGAGGCGGAGGAGGAGCCGCCGGUGUCUAACUCCCUCAUGGCGGCGAUCAAACGUUCUCAAGCGACUCAGAGAAGGCACCCGGAGACGUAUCAUCUCCAUCAGCUACACGGUGGGGUUACUACUCAAACGACGUCGGUUUUGAAGGUUGAGCUUAAGUACUUUAUAUUGUCGAUACUCGAUGACCCGAUUGUGAGCCGGGUAUUCGGUGAAGCCGGGUUUCGAAGCACGGAUAUAAAGCUCGACGUGCUUCAUCCUCCCGUGACGCGGUUCCCGCGGUCUCGUUGUCCUCCUCUGUUUCUAUGUAACGUAACCGAAUCUGGCUCUGGUCGGGCUAGGUUCGGGUUUGGGGGAGAUUUCGACGAGAACUGUCGGAGAAUAGGUGAAGUGUUGGGUCGGAAAGACAAGAAGAAUCCUCUACUUGUCGGGACUUGCGGUGGUGAAGCACUCAAAACGUUUAGUGACUCGAUCAACAGAGGGAAGUUAGGGUUUUUGCCUCUGGAGAUUAGUGGGUUAAGUGUAGUUAGUGUAGAGAAAGAGAUUAGUGAGAUGAAAGUUGAUGAGUUGGGAAGAAUCGUGGAGCAAAGCUGCUCGAGUUCGAAACCGGGGAUGGUGGUUUUGAAUCUAGGAGAGGUCAAGGUGUUAAUCAGUGAUGCUCUCGUGUCGAGGCUCUCGGAGCUUUUGAAGAUUCACCGUGAGAGGCUCUGGUUCAUCGGGAGUGUUUCAAGCAACGAGGUGUAUUUGAAACUGGUGGAGAGGUUUCCGACGAUUGAUAAGGACUGGAAGCUUCAUCUUCUUCCUAUUACAUCUUCGAAUCAAGGAGUUUAUCCCAAGUCAAGUUUGAUGGGAUCAUUUGUCCCAUUUGGAGGGUUCUUCUCAUCAACAUCAGAUUUCAGAGUACCGUUUAGUAACUCAAUGAACCAGUCUCGUCUUCCUCGGUGUCAUCUCUGUAACGAGAAGUGUGAGCAAGAAGUCACAGCCUUAGGUAAGUCCAGUUCGAUGACCACCGAUGAUCAGUGUUCAGAGAAGUUACCUUCUUGGUUACGUAAUGUAGAAUCUGAACAAGACAAAGGCAUUCUCAGACAGGCCAAAGAUGAUCCAAACACAUUAGCUUCUGUACAGAAGAAAUGGGACGAAAUUUGUCAAAGAAUCCACCAAACUCCUGCGUUUCCUAAGCUCAGCUUUCAGCCUGUGAGACCACAGUUUCCACUUCAGCUUGUUUCUUCUAGCCACACCAAGAUGAGUCCCCUUCAACCCGGUUUAUCAGUACAAAUCUCGAAGCCAAAACCUACAGCAGAUCUCAUAACAAACUCGCCUAUGAGCUGUGUUACUACAGAUCUAGGGCUGGGAACAAUCUACCAGGAGUCAACCACUCCGGUAUCACUUAACCGGAGAGGCUUUGAGAAACCAUUGUCACGGUUUUGCAAAGACUUCAAGUCUCUCAGAGAAUUACUCUCUCGGAAAGUAGGUUUUCAGAACGAAGCUGUGAACGCCAUUAGUGAAAUCAUCUGCGGAUACAGAGAUGUUGCUUCAUCCACAAGUAAUGUUUGGAUCGCUCUGCUUGGACCAGAUCAAGUCGGGAAGAAGAAAGUAGCAACAACCCUCGCUGAAGCCUUCUUCGGCGGCCAAGAAAACUGCGUUUGCGUGGAUUUCAAGGCACAGGAUCGGCUCGACGAGAGAUUCAGAGGGAAAACAGUUGUUGAUUACAUCGCCGGAGAAGUGUCCAAGCGAGUGGAGUCUGUUGUUUUCAUCGAGAACGUGGACAAAGCAGAGUUUCCUGAUCAGGUAAGAUUGUCUGAUGCUGUGAGAACUGGUAAACUCCGUGACUCACACGGAAGAGAGAUCAGUAUGAAGAAUGUUAUAGUUGUUGCUACUACUUCUAGGUUUGAUAAAGACAGUGAUCGUCAUGUCAAAUAUUCAGAGGAAAGAGUUCUCACCGCUAAAAACUGGAAACUUCAGAUAAAACUUGCCGACAAUAAUGGUAACAAGAACGGUCUAAAUAAGCGAAGACAGGAGUUAGAAACAGAGGUUACAGAGCUUCGAGCUGUUAAGUCUCAACGUUCGUUUCUCGAUCUGAAUCUUCCAGUGGAUGAGACAGAAGAAGCAUACUCAGAUGAAGGGCAUGCAGUUUCCGAGAACACAGAAGCUUGGCUUGAUGAUUUUUUCGAGCAAGUAGACGGGAAAGUCACGUUCAAAAUGAUCGACUUUGAUGGGUUAGCGAAGAACAUACAAAGAAAUAUCUUCUCGCAUUUUCAUCGGUCGUUUGGCGAUGAGACACGUCUAGAGAUCGAAAACGAUGUGAUCCUUCAGAUUCUAGCUGCGGUGAGAUGGUCAACAGAUGAAGAGAAAACAAUUGAUCAGUGGAUGCAAACUGUUCUUGCUACAAGCUUCUCUGAAGCGAGACAAAAGUAUAACUACACUUCUUCUUUCGGUUUCAAACUUGUAGCCUUUGAAGAUUCAACGGCUGAAGAGGAAACCGCGGGAAUACAGUUUCCGGCGAGAGUUGAAGUGAUCUAAUCAUUUCGGUUGUUAUUUUAUGAUAUAUAUAUAUAUGGUGAUGGUAGUUAUAUAUAUAGAUCCCAUGAGAGUUUUGUCAUCGGCUUUGGUUUGAGUUUGUGCUUUCUCACUAAAAUGUAUAUUAUAAGCUUAAAAGGGUGAGCUAAACUGUGGUUAUAUAGCUUUUAAUGGAGGGCCAAAUUGCCACAUGUUUUGGUUUUAGUUGUUUUUAUUUUAUUUUUUAUCAUAGUUUCGAUUUUUCUAUUAUUUUACGGUUUUCUGUAUAUUUUGUGUAAUGAUAUGAGUAUCAGUUUCAUAUUAGGUUUCUGCAUUUCUUUUAUAAUUAAUCAACCCAAAAUUGAGUAAUCGGAACUGUUACAGUGGGUUCGAUAAAUAGGAGAAACAUGGACACCGAGAUAAACGAAGAUCAAGUUAAAGCAAUAAAGCAGAAGAAACAAGAGGCAGACUGUAACCGGCGUGGGAAGAAGACGAUGGGAGUACGGAGCUCCCCACUUUGAUGAACACAGACAACCUCAAGCAAGCUCAUAGUGACUUCACGGCGCAUAGCGUGUCCAAGACCAGGUCACAGAUCCGCAUGCGACAAACACAGCAACCAUGCUCGGAGGUGUCACGCAGCCACAAAUGUCGGGGUCUAGAGAAGAGCCAACUUACAUCUGUCAUUACCUUUAAGCCUCAUCGUCACAAGAUCCCAAAAGUUGCACCCACCCAUAUAUCCUUAAUCGAUCCCUAGAAUCUGAUGAUUAACUUGUGGCUUCUCUGCGGCGUACCUGGCCAUCCUCUAACAUUAGAUUGCCAACCUUCGAGUCCGACAAAUCACCAGAACACCGUGGUUGCCUCAUUUGGAGUUUUGUAUGUAACCUUUUGGGAGUAUACAGUAUUUGUAAUAGGAGGGAACAUGAGGUCGGUUUCUGCAUUUUUCAGUUACAUGUCCUAAAUUUGUAUAUGAAGACUCAUUCUGUUACUCUCUUGCAAUUAAUUAACAAAUAAUUAAGGAUUUUAUUACAGAAGCAACUACUAUUGCACCACAGAGUCCAUUCCAAAAUUGUCUAUUACGUUUCUACAGGAAAUGAUUUUUUUUUUUCCUU